UUGACUGUGAAAUAAAAUAUGGCGAACAUUUGAUGACUAGACGUAUACGUACGGUCUGGUGUUAAUAGAUAGUUGUUUUUUUGCUAACAUAGUAUCGAAAUAUACUCAUUUUUGAGAGUAUGCCCGUCAUUCGAUCAUCGACAUAAAUCGUACCGAAUUAUAAAUCAAGGGAAGCAGUAAUUUGUUGUAGAUGUUAACCUUGUAAAGGAAAAAAGAAAAAAUUUGACUGCACGCAGAAGUAAAUUAAAAUUUUGAGCAAAAUCAACGAUGCCAUUCAUUUUGGAAUCACGUUGAGUAAUCUGAAGAAUGUGAGGAUAACCGGUGAAAUAUUUGUCAGAUUUCACAGUUUUUAAGACAUGACACUUUUCUGCAAAAUAUUUGUAUUUAAGAGAUAUUAGCAAGACUUAGAAAUCAUCGGUUAAAGGUAUCGUCAUCGAUUCUCCUGAGUGGUAAAAGAGAAGGAUAGGAUAGGCAUGUUAUGUUAGUGAAAAGAAGUCGGCACAUCAUGUACAGUUUUGAAGGAGAUUACAGGCGCAAACCUCAACAAAAUUUAGCAGGUGCAAGCAGAAGGGAUGAGAAGUCUGUUCUGUUGCAGCACGCGCAAUUAGAACGUUUGAAAAGGGAGCAACAGCGUAAAAGACAUAAUGCUGCAUUAAAAAUUCAAGCCCUUGCGCGUGGUUUCAUUAUAAGGAAACAUAAUAAGACAGCCAAGAGAAAAGAGUUUGAUGAAGAGCAACAAAUAAGCGGACGCAAAAAUUUAAAUCUAGAUGAGUUAGCACUGUAUUUUCGAAAAUUACUAUUCUUUUAUAAUCAUAAUUUGGAUGCUAGCAGGCUAGUUUGGAUAUUACAACAUUUUUUAAAACAUCAGCAAGAAAUUAAACAAAAAUGUGUAACCUCUGCCAAAUGGUUAUGGAAAUUAAGAUGGAUUCUUCGUAUGUGUAUGCAACACAACUCUGAAGCCUUAACGAGUGGAGCUUAUUCUUUGGCUAUACCAUUGAGAGCAUUAGAAAUAUUUACAAGCCGAGAAGAUACGGAAAAAGUUCUACGUGAAAAUAGUUAUAAGUAUUUAGAAAACAUCUUUAUCUAUUUGAUAAAACAUAAAUACUUCGAUCAAUUAAGAAAAUUGAUAGAUGAUAAAGUUCCGUGUAUGUUGGAAUCAACGCCUGUCGCACCAACUCCAAUUUCAAAAUGUUUGAUGGAUAUGAUAAAACGACCAUUGGACUUAAUUUCUUAUCUAGAACAGGACGACGAUUUUUCUAUGCUUGUUCUGCAAGAAUUUUGUAAAAGUAUACUGUCACCGAGGCUGUCCGAUCCAAUUAGAAUGUUCGUCAUUCCAUCGUUAUCUGAAUUCGUAGAAUUUCCGUAUACUCAAUUAAUCGAAUGCAUCAAUAGAAUCGAAAUAGAACCCACGCUAAGUUUGCUUUAUUCCAUUUUGUCUCUGGAAUCGAAUCGAUUUUUUACAUGCAAAUCUAAAGAUGUUCUCAUCAAUUAUUUGCAAGUCCUCGCGUCCAUGAGUUCGACGAUAAUACCUUUGGCUGUCGAAGAAAACAUGGAACAAGCGGAUGAUUCGGAUUCGGAAUCAAAUACCAGCAUGAUCGAUCAAGAACAAGCUGAUAUUUUGCAUCAAUGCAUAGAAAUGUUGAACGAACAGCAACGGGUUCAGGGAAUACUCUUAGCUGUGGAUCGUAGCGUAGACCCUGACGUGUUGCAACCGUUGUGCCAGCUCUGUCAUCAUUUGCUAAUCACCAACAAAUUAGCCAUCCAUAAGUAUAAACUAUUAUAUAUGCUCGCUUUCAAGCCGGUAUUCUUAAAGAAUUUAUGGACCGCGCUGCUAUCGGUUUGUCAAGUAUCGUUGUUCGGAGGAGCAACGCCUCUUCUGCAGAUUAUCUCGCGAGGGAUCAGUCUCUCUACCGAAGACACAAAGAAAAUCGUACCACUGUUAGCCGUAUUUUGUUCGCUAUUUAGUCUGCUUAUAGCAACGUUACACGAUACGGAAUUUUUUAUUCAAGCAACCGAGCAACCGUUAGAUACAAACGGACAACAUACGAUGCCGUUUACAACCUCGGAACUGGUAAUGCUGUCGAGUCAUUUGAAAGGAGUUUGCUUGGGUUUGGUCGAGCUUGCGUUUCCCGACAAUCGACCGACAGUUCGGGACGAUUACAAGACCGCUGUUCUCGGUCCGUCCUGUCCAAUACAGAGCCAACAGGAUACGCAAAUGUGGACGCAUUUGUUCAAAGUCACGGUCGGUUUGCUGCGGCAGUUGCACAUGCGAGAUUUACGGAGGCAAUUUUGCCCAGACGGACACUGGAUAGCAUCGAAUAUCGCGAUACCGAUCGACAAACCUCAAGAUUUCACGUUUCGCAGACGCAGGCUCAGGGGAUACGUACCCUUCCAAGGUCUUCGGGUGUUCACGCGCGAAGAGCUAGAGGAAGGACCGCCGCUAUCAGCAAAGGAAGUUCGAACAUUGACGCUGCUACGCGAGAUACCGUUUGUUGUGCCAUUUAACGACCGAGUUGUGGUAUUUCAGUCGCUGAUUUAUCGUGACAAAACGGAACAGCAAGGUGAAUUGACCCACUUCAUGCAAGGACCGUCGAUACAAAUAUCGGUAAGAAGGAACUAUCUGUACGAGGACGCGUUUGAAAAAUUGUCACCGGAAAACGAGCCAGAAUUACGAUUAAAAAUGCGCGUACAGCUGGUUAAUACAGCCGGACUUGAAGAGGCCGGCGUAGACGGUGGUGGUCUGUUUAGAGAAUUUUUAUCGGAAUUGUUAAAAACCAGCUUCGACCCUAACAGAGGCUUUUUCAGGCUCACCAAGGAUAACAUGCUGUAUCCAAAUCCUACGGUACAAUUGUUGGUCGACGAUUUCCCGAAACAUUAUUAUUUUAUCGGUAGAAUUCUUGGAAAAGCUUUGUACGAGAAUUUGUUGGUCGAACUCCCGUUCGCCGAGUUUUUCCUCUCGAAAAUCGUUGGUCGUCAAUCGGACGUUGACGUUCAUCAUUUAGCUUCCUUAGAUCCGAUCAUGUACAGGAAUCUACUCUAUUUGAAAAGUUACAAAGGAGACGUUGCCGAUCUCGGUUUGGACUUCACCGUAUUGUCGGACGAGCUGGGCGAACGACGAAUCGACGAGUUGAAGCCGAGCGGUGCGAAUAUACCCGUGACGAAUCACAACCGGAUCGAGUAUAUCCAUUUGAUGGCUGAUUACAAACUGAACAAGCAGAUCAGGGCACAGUGUUACGCGUUCAAACAGGGCAUCGGUAGCGUGAUCCCUCUCGAUUGGUUGCAAAUGUUUAAUAACAAAGAGCUGCAAGUAUUGAUAUCAGGUGCACAGAUUCCGGUCGACGUGAACGACUUAAAAUUGCAUACAAACUACACGGGAGGCUACGCCCCCGAUCAUCCGACGAUCACUGCCUUUUGGAAAGUCGUCAACGAGUUCAGUGACCAACAGAAAGGACAGUUGCUCAAGUUUGUAACGAGUUGCAGUCGACCCCCUUUACUUGGAUUUAAGGAACUUGAUCCACCGUUUUGCAUCCAACACGCGGGCAGCGUCGAUCGUUUACCAACAUCCAGUACCUGUAUGAAUCUACUAAAGCUCCCGGAGUUUCCGGACGAGAAAACGUUGCGCGAAAAACUUUUAUACGCGAUCCAAGCUGGUGCUGGUUUCGAAUUGAGUUAAACUCGAUCUAGUUUUUUCAAUGUUAAGUAAAUCGUGUUUAUCGAAUCGAUAAUACUUGACUGUACAUAAAUUGUAAGCGUAAUCAAGUGAAUGUUUAAGAACAAUUAUUCGCAGUUCCGUGAAUGUUGUUUCGUUUCCGUUUCGUGGACAAGCGAUUUGAUUCGAUGUUAAUUACUAAGCGCUUGGAAACACGCUACGCUCGUCUGAUACAACACGAUUACGAGUAUCGUUUGAAACACUUACCCGCCGAAAGAUCGACGUUUUAGUUAUCAUGGGUAGGGCAGAACGAUUUAAGAAAUCUUCGUCAAUAUGGCAAUAAACAACGUAACAUUGUCAGGAGGGGCCAAUUAAUCAGGUAGCAUCUUCUAGAAAGACUACCGAUACUACAGUGAAGAAAUGUGUAUUAUUUAUAAGAGUACAUUUAAUUUACUUUAACCGACGCGUAUGAACUUAUACACAUGCAUAUAUACACAUACACAGACAACAUAAAUAUUUUGUUGGUUGUAACUUUCUGCCCUUGGCCUAUAAACUGUAAAUUGUGUAUAUUUUUUGUAUUCAUCAUAAAUGUCGACACUGUGCUACAUAAACAUUGAAUGUAUAGGAGAGAAAUAGAAUAUAUAUAUAUAUAUACAUAUUCAUAUAUAUAUAUAUAUGUAUUUAUGAAUUCGUUAGUGUAAAUAAAUGGAAAUUCUGAAGUGUUA